AGCGCAGAGGUGGAGCUUGGAAGUUCGGGCGGGGCUAUGAGCAUCCUAGGGGCGGGGCCGCGUCAGCUGUAGGAAGAGCGAAAACUGAUUACGGGUGGACUAAAAGGACCACCUAAAAGGACAAAGGGAGCAAGGCCUGGUGGGGUAUUCAGGGGGGAUUUAGGAGGCCACAGGACGCUGACCCGGGGGAGCCCCAUCCCCUCCUGUACGGCCCACAGGGUACGGAGAAGGCUUCGACGACGUCAUCAUCCAGGGGGAUCUGGAAGAGCUCAAGUUCGUGGCUUUUUACACCAAGUGAGAGCAACUGGGUGGAACGUGGCAGCCGCUGAAGCAGCGGGAGCUCGGUCGGGAAGGGGAACUCAUCCCAGAGGAGCUCUGCUCCAGAGGAGGGGACUUACCUGAAAGAUGGACCAAGUGGCCAAGGGAGGCAGCUAGGCAGGAGACCCACCAAGGGAAUGUGAGGAGGUGGGGCAGUAAUAACUCCAGCAGCCACGCACUGAGACAGGACAUUUUAUCUUCAGGACAGCAAUUUGAGGCGCAGCAAGCACACAGUGGUGGCCUAUAAAGAUGCCAUUUAUGUAUUUGGUGGAGACAAUGGGAAGACCAUGCUCAACGAUCUCCUGCGGUUUGAUGUGAAGGAUUGCUCCUGGUGUAGGGCCUUCACCACAGGCACCCCACCAGCCCCCCGCUACCACCACUCAGCCGUUGUCUACGGGAGCAGCAUGUUUGUAUUUGGGGGCUACACUGGGGACAUUUAUUCCAAUUCUAACUUGAAGAAUAAAAACGACCUCUUUGAAUAUAAGUUUGCAACUGGCCAGUGGACAGAGUGGAAAAUUGAAGGACGGUUGCCGGUCGCUAGGUCUGCCCAUGGUGCCACGGUAUACAGUGACAAACUGUGGAUCUUUGCUGGCUAUGAUGGCAAUGCCAGGUUGAAUGACAUGUGGACCAUUGGCCUCCAGGACCGGGAGCUCACAUGCUGGGAGGAGGUAGCGCAGAGCGGUGAGAUCCCGCCAUCCUGCUGCAACUUCCCAGUGGCCGUGUGCCGGGACAAGAUGUUUGUGUUCUCAGGGCAGAGCGGAGCCAAGAUAACCAACAACCUCUUCCAGUUUGAAUUUAAGGACAAGACGUGGACACGCAUCCCCACCGAGCACCUACUCCGUGGCUCCCCACCACCCCCGCAGCGGCGCUAUGGGCACACCAUGGUGGCCUUUGACCGCCACCUCUACGUGUUUGGGGGUGCGGCAGACAACACACUGCCCAAUGAGCUGCACUGCUAUGAUGUGGACUUCCAGACCUGGGAGGUUGUCCAGCCCAGCUCAGACAGUGAGGUCGGUGGGGCUGAGGUGCCAGAGCGAGCAUCUGCUUCUGAGGAGGCGCCUGCCCUGGCCUCUGAGGAGCGGGGUGGCUUCAAGAAGUCCCGAGAUGUGUUUGGCCUGGACUUUGGCACCACCACAGCCAAGCCGCCUGCCCCGCCGGCCUCAGAGCUGCCAAGCGGAAGGCUCUUCCACGCAGCUGCUGUGAUCUCGGACGCCAUGUACAUCUUCGGGGGCACCGUGGACAACAACAUCCGCAGUGGGGAGAUGUACAGGUUCCAGUUCUCUUGUUACCCCAAGUGCACACUGCAUGAGGACUACGGGAGGCUGUGGGAGAGCCGCCAGUUCUGCGACGUGGAGUUUGUGUUGGGCGAGAAGGAGGAGUGUGUGCAGGGCCAUGUGGCCAUUGUCACCGCUCGGAGCCGCUGGCUCCGUAGGAAGAUCAUGCAGGCGCGGGAACGGCUAGCCCAGAAGCUGGAGGAGGAGGCAGCCCCUGCUUCCAGGGAGGACCCUGGUGCAGCAGGGGCCCGGCCACCCCUGCUGCAUGUGGCCAUCCGCGAGGCCGAGGCCCGGCCCUUUGAAGUGCUCAUGCAGUUCCUCUACACGGACAAGAUCAAGUACCCACGGAAAGGCCACGUGGAGGAUGUGCUGCUCAUCAUGGAUGUCUACAAGUUGGCACUGAGCUUCCAGUUGUGCCGCCUGGAGCAGCUGUGCCGACAGUACAUUGAGGCCUCCGUGGACUUGCAGAAUGUGCUGGUUGUGUGUGAGAGUGCCACCAGGCUGCAGCUGGGCCAGCUGAAGGAGCAUUGCCUGAACUUCGUGGUGAAGGAGUCCCACUUCAAUCAGGUGAUCAUGAUGAAGGAGUUUGAACGUCUCUCUUCCCCACUGAUCGUGGAGAUUGUGCGGCGGAAGCAGCAGCCACCUCCCCGUGCUCCCUCAGAGCAGCCCGUGGACAUUGGCACAUCUCUGAUCCAGGACAUGAAGGCAUACCUGGAGGGGGCAGGUGCAGAGUUCUGUGACAUCACUCUGCUGCUGGAUGGGCACCCAAGACCGGCCCACAAGGCCAUCCUGGCCGCUCGCUCCAGCUACUUUGAGGCCAUGUUCCGGUCCUUCAUGCCCGAGGACGGGCAGGUGAACAUCUCCAUCGGGGAGAUGGUGCCCAGCAGGCAGGCCUUUGAGUCCAUGCUGCGCUACAUCUACUACGGCGAGGUCAACAUGCCACCCGAGGACUCUCUCUACCUGUUUGCGGCUCCCUACUAUUACGGUUUCUACAACAACCGGCUGCAGGCGUACUGCAAGCAGAACCUGGAGAUGAACGUGACAGUACAGAAUGUACUGCAGAUCCUGGAGGCAGCUGACAAGACGCAAGCACUGGACAUGAAGCGGCACUGCCUGCACAUCAUCGUGCACCAGUUCACCAAGGUGUCCAAGCUGCCCACACUGCGCUCGCUGAGCCAACAGCUGCUUCUUGACAUCAUAGACUCCCUGGCCUCCCACAUCUCUGACAAGCAGUGUGCAGAGCUAGGAGCUGACAUAUGAGGCCCCAUGUGGUGCUGGCCCACUCGAGAAGAAUAACCAUGCCUGUUCCUGCCCUGCCCACUGCAGACUAUGCUGGCCAUGCUCAGGCCUCAGGUGGAGUGGUUGGACCUGCCAGCCGAGGGGCAGGGUGCCCAGAGUCUCCGGAGGGAAAGAGGACAUGGGGGGCUCUGGAUGCCCCAUUUCACUGCUAAGGACAACUCCCACAGGGAGUGAUGGUAAAACAGACCCCCUGGGUGGCACCCUCUCCUCAGUUGGAGGUGUGGGUGGGAAGCCAGGGCCCAGCAGUGGGGAGAGCCCAUUGUGGAGCUGGUUUGAGGCUGCCCAUCCAGCAGGGACUGUGUAUGGCUUGUGGGUCUGGCCACUGGAUCCUAUUGCCCCAAGACCCCUCUGAUGUGGGCUACAUAGUACCCCCUCACCUUCACUGGGGUUGCUCUAAGGGCCCCUACUGUCAUCCAGAGCUUGGGGGUGGACAAUAGUAACGGGCAGAUGAAAUCGGACUCAGGAUAAUUUUUGUGAAGGGCCCUGAUGCCGAACUGGGCCUUAGCUUCCAGAGGGGCUGCAGGAUCCCACUCCACUGUGUGCACAUGAGUCCCCAGUUGUGCCAGGGAGACGUCAGUGAAAGUGCCCGCCCCCCCAGGUCCCCAUCUGUCCCUAAGUAUUUAUUCUUUGUCAUAUACAUGCCAUUAAGACCACAGUAGUGCUACCUAUUACACCUCAUGGGUACAGGCCCCACGGGUGGACUCUGGCCCUCAGCUGUCCCUGAGCUGGGGAUGGAUCAUGUGGCCCAAGUGCUUGAGACUGGCCAAUCCCAUCCCGUCUUCUAUCCGUGUCAGCAACUCCCAGCCACAUCUAGGGGAUACCCAGAGAUAUGGGGUGGCGAGGGGAGAGGGGUUGUGGCAGAAAUCCUGAAGUCCCAAGGCCGCCUUGCUCCUGCCUAGGCUGGGAAGCUAAAGGAUUGGGCACCAUGUCCUUUCCUGCCCCCCAACAGAAGGCCCUGUGUAAGUCCACCCUAAUACAACAGGCACUUCUGCCUCCUCUCUGGGAACAAGAACCCCAGGGAUCCUUCUGCCCUGGCUGCCAGGAAGCCACGUUGGGGGGAAACAGUCCCCCUUGUCUCCUCCCUCCAGUUGCAUCCCCAUGCAAUGGCACUUGCCACUCCUUGGCCCUUGCUGAAGAGCCCCAGAUGGUGCCACGUAGUUGGACAGGGAGCCCUGGUCCCAGGUGGGCAUCCUUAGGCAGGAGGAGUCCAUCCAUAAGGCUGCCGGCAAGCUAGGAAAUGGCCUGGCACAAGAUGAGCCUUGGUGAACUGCAAACCCUGCUCUACAGUGGACCCUUGUAACUGGUCGUUUGACUUUUUCUUCCAGACAUGAUAUGAAUAAAUGAAGUUACACACCAA